AGAUGGCUGCACAACCACCUAAGUUUCUGAGCCCUUAUCUCCCCGACGCUGGUUUCCAGUGGAUCACCAUGCACAAAAAGGCCUUCACCACCUACGAACAGUGCCUGGCCAUCUGCGAAGCCAUGAGUCAAGCGGGAAGACCCCUUUCGCAGGCCGUCACCGCCGAGUACAUCGCCCAGCUCUUUUCCAAGGCAUGUACUAUGGUCGAGUAUUGUGAGGGCAUGCAGCCAGCGGAAUUCUGGCACAUGGUCGGCUCUCAUCAACUCUGGACCUACCGCCUUCAAGGACGCGACCUCGCCGACUUCGCGCUUAGAGUCAUGGCUGCUCGAGUUACGUUCCGUCAUCGCGUCAAGAACUACCACGAGGACUCUAAGGAGAUCGGCGACAUCCCGCAGCGAUACCGCAACCGCGACCACAGCAUCGCGAACAAGGCAGUGGACGCGUGGAUCACGACUGUCAUCCAGGAGUAUGGAUUACGAUCCCCAACAAGAAUCCUCUACUGUCCUGAUGGAUUGGCCGAGCCCAUUGUCAAGUGGGCCCCUAUUGGAGCUCACCAGAGAGCGAAGAAGGCUAUCGGUAACAGCAGCCGCGAGGAGGGAUUCCACUGGUACUCCAAGUACGACAAACCCUUCGUGACUAGCCAACAAGUCCGCAACAUUACCAAAUCAAUGAAAAAGGCUGGAAGGCGACUGGAUAGAGAUGUUACGGCAGAGUACUUGACGAAUAUAUUUUUUGUUGCGCGCCAGUUAAUAGGAAGAUGCGGGAAGCUCCAACCGAGUGAGUUUUGGGCCGAGGUGGGCUCACACCUCGUCUGGGCUCGCUCGGUAAGUGGCACCGAACUCCACGACUUUAGCAACAGAAUUCUUUCCGCUCGAAACAGCUUCAAUGAAAGUGUGCAGUUCUAUCGUGAGCGCAACUACAAACCAGAGGAUAUUCCCGAUAAGUACAGGACCAAAGUUGACGAUGAGUUACACCGAGCGAUGGAUGAAUGGGUUUCUUCACUACAUGGAACGUACGGCCGGUAUUCAGAGAUAAAACAGCUUUACUAUCCUCAGUGGUUAGUAGAUUCUGACAACGAAGGCAGUGCUGAAGCGACGAUGGCAAGGUUCAAGGAACGAGUCGACGAGUCGAGACGACAAAGAGGUCCUGAGGGUCAUGGCCAGCAGGAGACUGAUAUUGAGGGGGUUGAUACUGAUGACGACGAUAUGGAGAUGGAAGGCUGCGAGGAAUAUGGAGAGGAGGACGUUCAGGAUGGCUAUGGUGGUAGUCAUGACGGCAGCAACGGUGAUUUCGAAGGGAUGAACUACGAAAUUCGUGAUGGACAGGGAGAAAGCGAUGGAAAUGAAGACGUCGAGAUGAUGGAUGCCACAGACGAUGGCCAGCCUGGGAUCUCUACUAGACUCCCAUUUCGUCCUCGUUAA